ACAUGAUUUGACAUUAUUUACAACGUCUUGAUUUCUGAUUUCUGAUUUCUAUGCGCAUCCGGAGGGCUGGUCUAUCAAGUCACUGGCCGCGUGCAAGCGACACAUGACGUCUACUCCCAGCGAGGCGGGCUUUCAGUCACCGCUCCAAAGCGACUCCGAGUCGACGACAUCUAUACCACAAUCCGCCGCCCGUCGCGUAGCACCCAGAUUAUCACUACCCUAUCGACGCUCGAACGCUUCAGUCGCCAGCUUGUUCGCAUCCACCUCCUCAGCCCAACACUCGCCCACCGCAUCAGGCACAUCGACACCACCUGCUGGAGUCGUCAAUGCCUCUGUCUUCUCUCCGCCCGCAACGAGACUCGCAAAUGCCUUGAACUCGCCCACCACGGCCGCUCAACCCGAUGAAGCCCGCCAACUAGUUCUACGCGCAUUUGCUCCUCGCGUUUCGGUCCUUGCCUCGGAUGAUUGUCAAGAGCUGUUGCGUCACAAAGGCAUUAAUGGUGGUCUUCUCGAGUUAUUGCGCCCGUUCGGAGAGAAGGUAGCUGGUAGAGUCGUUGUUAGGGAUAGCACUGGUGCCAGCAGACCAUGGGACGACUUUGGAAUCAGGUUCACCGGUGUAUCCGAUGGCCUUGAAGCCCCUAGACUGGACCCCAAUCCGUCCGACCUCCCCGAAUACCGCCCUGCACGUCUACGGACUGGAGGCGAUGUCGAACAGAUUGAUGAGCUAGUUGCCCGCCAUCUGAAAUAUGCACAGGAUCAACCGCCAGCUGGCGAUGACUACUUCUCUGGCCCCGAAAUAAAACCACAUCCAUCACGCCUUACUCCCUUUUACACCCUAUACCUUCGAAGACUCCUUUCCGGAAUACCCGUCACUUCUCACGAAACUUUUUCUCACCCCGUCGCUCUUGUAAUAGCCAUCAGCUCUCGCAACCCUGCCCCUAUAGAUGAGCUCCGGACCCUAUAUGCCAACUCCAACACUGGCCAACACAAACCACCUCCAUACGUCAAUAAUGAGUUCUUACGAUAUUAUGUCCUGAUUCAUGACGAAGAUCACGACGACAUUACAAAGUCCACUGCUCUAUACGAACAAAUGAAGCGUCAUUUCGGUCUACAUUGUCAUUUACUGCGUUUGCGAAGCAAUGAGUGUCUUCCCUCAGACGAUGACAGCAUGAGGUUACCCACUUGCGAAUGGUUAUCUGCCGGUGAGGAGUUGGGUGAGAUUGCCACUAGAGAAAGCUCAGAAGUAGACGACGAUCCUACACCAUACAUUUUCGAAUCCGAUGCAGCCGCCAUUCGAGCAUUUGUUCGAGAAAUGGUGACCCAAUCAGUAGUACCAGGAAUGGAACGCCUUUCAGCCCUCUGGAACAAUGAAGUAGCAUCACGCCGACGAGGUAUCGCCGGCAAAAUCGGGCUCGUCUCGAAACGUUUCACCUUUGGCUUCUCCUCACGAGGCUCCUCUACUGGCAUUGGCGGUUCAAACAGCAACUACGAUGCUCUCCAAGGCUUCUACAAACCCGACACACCUGAAGCCGUUCUCCGCAAACUAGCUGACUACGCCUUCAUGCUGCGAGAUUUCAAACUCGCACAAAGUACCUAUGAUCUCCUCUGCACCGAUUACAAAAACGACAAAGCUUGGAGACACUACGCCGGUGCCAAUGAAAUGGCCGCCAUUACAGCAUUGCUAGCCGCCCCAGUGGUAUCCUCAAGAGUCCGCGUCGACUCCCUAGACCAACUCCUAGAGACGGCAUAUUAUUCCUACCUCACACGUUGUUCAGCACCCUACUCCGCCCUGCGCACUCUAAUCCUCAGCACCGAAUUACUACGUCUACGCGGUGGCUCCGCACUAGACGAUUCAGCGCGCUGGGCCACACGUAUCCUGGAAGAUCGCUUGGUACCACAAACAGGCCAUGCACUUCUCCUCGAACGAAUCGCUUCAUGCUAUUCAUCUCGUCGCGGCCAUGGAACACUCAAAUCCGGUGCUAGAGCUAGAAAAGCCGCGUUUUUCCAUGUACUGGCUGCGGAGAGUUGGGUGGUGUUGGGGAUGAACAGACAAGCCGAUACUAAUCUAGUCGCGGCCACCUCGUUGUAUACAUCAAGGAAACAAAUGCUCGAGAAAGGGGAAAAGGCUUAUUCGACGUUCAAGCCGCUGUCUGCAUUCCAGCAUUUGGAAACAUUUUUGCAGGACUUGGGACAGAGGGUUGAGGAUAGUCGACCCAAUACCGCUGAUGAUGGUGCUGAGCAGGGUAAUCAAGACACAGAGCCGGCAGAAGCGGAUGUGGAAACUAUCCAAGAACCCACCAGGACUCUCGGACAUGCUAGAACUCUCAGCACCGCAGGUGUCGCCGCUGGUAUUCCACCCGUAACCUCAGGUUUGGAUCCUUUAGGUGUCGCAGUGGUCGGAGGCAGCCCCACUCUCGAUCGACCCGAUCCGAAAAAUGAUGGCUUUGAAUAGAACCGGGGAGAUAUCAGUGUUGUGUUGAAGGGUUGUUCUCUGCAUGGCGUGGGUAUAUUAUUAUUCGUUUUCGGCAGCGUGUUGCAUUUUGACAAUGAUGGGCGUUUUUGUAUAAGUGCAUGCAUGCAGCAGCAGCCAGCUGUAGGCGCCAUUGUUCAUGUCUCUUAUAUAUCACUUUUUCUCUUUUUGCUCAUGUUGUGAUUUGCAGUUUUGUGUCCUUCCCUCCCCAUUUGCUGAUCUUUGUCUCACGCGUAUAGACUGUAGAAAUGCACGAUUCUAAUAUUUCCAGAGCUGUAGGCCUUCAUU